UUGGCGCGUCAACGUUUCUCACGAGCAGAUUUUUAUGUUCACUUCAGCGCAAGCUCUCGAACCUAGUAAAUUACUUUUAACCAAAGAAAUGGUUGGGCAGUGAAGGUAGCUCGCUUUUAUAUUUCCAUAUAUUUCAACAAGUUUAAAACAAAAGUCUUUAGCAAAACAAGGAUUUUUACUUUGAUAGCCUGUUUUGUUUCGGCCAAAAUAGGUCAGGUUGCUUUCACACAAGCUAGUUAACGUAGCUAGCUAGCUAGGUUCGAGGUUAGCAUAACGGUAGCGAUAGGCUAAAGCUGUCAGUUGAACCAGUUCUGUAGCACAUUUAUCUUCUUUAUUGUCAACCAACAAAAGAUGGCAACUCACAAGGGAUGUGCUCUGAAAGGCAAAGCAAAAGGCACUAAAACCACCUCAGGCAAACCCCAUAUGGAGGACUUCAAUGGGAGUUUCAACAAAGAAAACCUUCAAGUAGUUGAGGCUGAGACAUUGAGAGGAAGGAAACGUCUCUCAGAGGCAGAUGAUGACAUUGACAUUGACAUCACCAAAGGAGGGGAUAUGAUGACCAUGUUGGACAGAUUUGGAGCGGACAUCAACAAAGCUUUCCUGGCAAAACGCAAACGCCUGGAAACGUUCACCAAGUCCUCUGUGAAGACCAGCCAUCAGAAGAUUGAGCAGUUAUGGAGGGUCCAACAAAGAGACAGGAGUAAAGUGACAGAAGACUACUGCACCCAGUUCAAUGCAGUCUUCAACCAGUGGGACACAGAUGUGCAGAAGUCCAAGGAUAACGAGGAGAAACUACUGAGCAUGUUCCAGCACCAGCAGAAAAUGUUUCAGCACAUGAGGGCCUCCCAAAGCCAGAGACUGAAGACUCUCAAGCAGCUGCUAGAGCAGUACAUCCAGAGCCUUGAUACAAUGGAGAAGACCCAUAUCAGCCAGCAGGGUGCUGUACAGGGCGAGCUGCGCCAGGAAAUGGCACUGUUUCAGAAAAAGAUCCUCAUGGACACACAACAGCAAGAGAUGGCUACAGUGCGCAAGUCUCUGCAGACGAUGCUGAUGUAAAUUAUUUAGAUUGAAGGGAGCCAAGAAGAAUCAACUCCAUCCAAAGGCUUUUUGUGUGUACAUUUCACUGAGCUGGGUUUUCUGUACUGCUUUAGUUUAUGACUGUGUUCCAGAUAGACCUUUACAAUGGCCAGAGAAUUGUUAAACAUCUCAGGAACAAUAUCAACCUUGAUUCUUUAAUCUGCAAAUACCAGUAAUGGUUCCAGGGAGAUGGGAGUUUUGACAUCUUACAUUUAUGAAAGUAUGGUGUGUACAUGUAGCAUUGCAUUUCUGUUAUCAACUGCUUCAUUCUAUGUUAAAUCUACUUAAUUAAACCCUGAUUAAGACAGGGAUGGAGAAAUUAAAUGUAACUUUAGUUGCUAAAAUGUUGUCAGGAAUUAAGACCAUCUGUUAUUGUAAGUAUAUAAACAUUUAUCACAAAUGACACUAGGUAGCAACUUACAUGUGUGAAUAUUACAUUUUUAUUUGCGUUAGUGAGGGAGAGAUUGUAGAGUGAUCUUGUUGUUCUUUUGUCACAACCUAUGAACAUACUUGUCUGAAAACUAAUAUACCUGAGCUUGACAGUCCGGCCAAAAUAAAAACAGUAACGAGUGAAAACACAGUACAAACACACAAAGGAAACAAAUUAGGGGCAUGUUAAGAGGCUUGACUAUCAAACAACAGAAAAUUAAACAAACUGUUUAAGGCAUCCUUUUACUUAUCUGAGAAUGACUAGUACAAUGAGAGCACUGAUCUGACAUCAGCAACUACACAAACGUAUGAGCUCAGUAACUUACAUACCAACAACAUUACACAGAAAUAAAAGUCAGUUUCUAUUGAUUCUGAUGACUGAAUUAUAAGCAGACUGCCAGGUAUGUAGAUGCAAAAACAUGGUACAGACAAA